AUGGCAAACCUAGAGGAUGGUCAACGAAAGAGCUCGCGUCAGAAGACAACACUGGGUGGUCGCAAGGUCGGUGAGACCUCGGAUGCUAUCGAGGCGUACAAGCGACAGCGUGAGCAGAAGGGCAGGCGAGAUGAACUCCGUCGUCGUGAACCGGCAUCCAAGGAUCAGGCCGUUCGUUCGAGAGAUAACAGGGUUUCUGACGAAGAUGCGGAGGGAGAGAGUGAUGCUGAGUGGGAUGAUAGAGAUCGGUCGCCAUCGCUACCAAAGGAUGACCCGCCAGCGGAGCUUAGGGAUAUCCAGCGAGCUCGUGUAGGUCGGACCAACUUCGCGCAGGUCUGUUUCUAUCCUGGAUUCGACGACGCCAUCUCUGGCUGUUAUGCACGAGUCAACAUCGGCCCGAAUAGGGAAACCGGCCAGAAUGAGUAUCGGCUUUGCCAGAUUAAGAGAUUCACCGAGGGUCGUCCGUAUUCUAUGGAGGGGCCGAAUGGCCGAUCGUUCGUGACGAAGCAAUACGCAGUGCUUGCGCAUGGGAAAGCAGAGCGGGAGUUCCCUUUUGUUGCUUGUUCAGACUCUCCUGUUACCGAGGCGGAAUUCAAUCGUUAUCGUCAAACUAUGGCUGUUGAAGACUGCAAGAUGGCGACAAAAUCCACGGUAGCUGAGAAGGUCGUGGAUAUUAACCGACUCUUGAACCAUAAAUUCACACCGGAAGAAUUGACGGAAAAACUGAGGAAGCAAGGGUCACUGGACACCAAGUCGACUAUUUUCAAGCGGAUGGAGACGGAGAAGAAGCUGAAGCUUGCAAAGGCUGCGGGUGACGAUGCCGAAGUCGAGAGAUUAGAGUCCGAGAUGGCUGGCAUGAGCGCACCUAAACUUGCUUUCAGCGCGAACUCUUCGAAACCCCGUGCAGACAAGCCUUCCGAGCAUGAACGUUUGUUAGAACUGAACCUCCGCAAUCAGAGACUCAACACCGAAAAUGUGCGUCGUGCUCAACUGGAAGAGAGAAAGGCCAGCCGAAAGGCCGCUGCAGCAGUCGCUCGCGGAGAAGCUCAGCCAAACCCGUUCAUGCGCGUCAGGACACAUGCCAGGACACAUUACGACGCCAAUGGCAAUGGUACAGCACAAUCAGACGCUACUAGUCGGGAUGGAACCCCUGCCACUGGGUCCGAUACGCCAUCAAAAGUAAAUACCCCCAACGGAAGCAAUACUCCCUCUGGCUCCCAGAAGAAGUCCACUAAGGGUGGGGUCGCAACAAUCCGUCAUCGCAAUAUGGACGAUGAGAACAUUGCGGCUCUAGAUCUGGACAUUGACAUUGAGAUCUGA